UAAUUUUUGGUAUCUUUCAGGCAAACCUACCAAACUGCCCAAAGAAAUAACAGAUAUGGACAUCACAGCGCAAGCCAUGAUCUUCUUCUUCGCUGGCUUCGAUGGUGUUUCAGGCCUUAUGUGUUUCCUGACCUAUGAACUAACUGUCAAUCCUGACGUGCAGGAUAAGUUGAGGGAGGAGAUCCGAUCUACUCUAGAGGAGUGUGGAGGAAAACUCACAUAUGAAGGUCUUCUCAAGAUGAAGUACAUGGAUAUGGUCGUUUCAGAAGCUCUACGGAAGUGGCCCAUCGGUAUAACCGCGGAUAGAAUUUGUACAAAACCGUACACCAUACAACCAACCACACCAGACGAGAAGUCGUUGCAUCUAGAAAAAGGCUCUUUAAUUUGGUUACCCAUCUUUGGCAUACACCGCGACCCAGAAUAUUUCCCAGAUCCAGAACGUUUCGACCCCGACAGAUUCAGCGAAGAAAACAAAAGAAAUAUCAAACCCUACACCUACUUUCCCUUUGGUUUGGGUCCCCGCAACUGUAUUGGUUCUAGGUUUGCUUUGCUGGAGACCAAAAUCAUCAUCUUUUAUGUUCUCCAGCAUUUCGAGUUGGUACCUGUGGAAAAAAGCACAAUUCCUCUAAAGAUAAGGACAGGGAUGUUCAAUUUGACGGCUGAAGAUGGUUUUUGGUAUGGGCUGAAACGCAUCAGCGUGUAAACCUGACUAGGAAAAUUUAUUAUGUGUUAUAUAUAUUUUUUUACU